AUGAAAUCAUUACUUUACCUCGCUUUCGUUAUUUGGUCUUACUCUAGAAAGAUUCAAACUGAAACUCAUGAUGAGCGGUUCAAUGAUGAAGAAGCCACACCUUCCUAUGGUUCGAUCCAAAUUGAAACUCAUGGUGAGCUGCUCAAUGAUGAAGAAGCCACACAUUCCUAUAGUUCGAUCCAAAAUUAG